GUGUGCGAGAGUUUACCAAGCGAUAGAGUGGGCAGGAUAGAUAGAUAGCGAGAGAGAGCGAGCGAGUGAGCGAAAAGCUUCAUGCAGAAAAACAAGAAACAGCGCAAAACAUCUGGAGAACAUGGAGGGUGCAAGUCGCAGCAGGAACUCCUCCACGAGUCACAGUCAAGGUCGCGGCCAGGACAUUGAGGAUCUCAAGCAAGACAUUCCCUACUUUGACGAACCACCAUCGUCCAUCGAUGCCGAACUGCUUGUUCUGGGCAAAACUGAAUGCAAAUUGGAUGAACUUAGCUGGGAUCGCGAUGCGGAUGUUGAUGCAGAUGCUCCGCUAGAGACGGCACAACAACCAGUCGAUCUCGAAGAGGACAACUAUCCGGACGAAAACGAGAGCUCUGUGCUGGGAAGUGAUUAUGCGCACAGUGGCAGUGGCAGUGGAGCAAAUAGUUUCUAUCAAUCGCCAACGCCCUCCGCCGCCGGAUCCGGUUGCGAUCUAAUGCUCCGCCCGCCUUCCAGUUCCAUUUACCACUUCAACUACCGAUCGCCGGCGAGUCCAUUGCCCGUGGCGAUCCCAGGCGGUGGUGGAUCCAAUUCUCGAGGCCUGCAUCCAUAUGCACAUUCCCCGGCCCAUGGCUCACAGGCUGGUUUCUAUCCCAAUAUGUGGUAUCCGAAUGCACCUUACGGAUCGGGUGGUUCCGGUGCUGGUGCCGUCGCUGGUAGUGGCCGGUAUAUGAGCUAUGGAUCUGGUGGAUCGAAUUCAGGGACGAUUGCAGGUCCGGGAUCUAUGCAAGGAGUUUAUCCUGGACAUUCGAAUCAACUGCACGGAAUGCAUCAUCAAUAUGCACAGCCACAUUCGCAUCCACACCACCCGCAGCAUCCGCAUCAUCCGCCGCAUCCGCACCACCAGCAUCCGCACGAGACCAUGAUGGAAAUGUUUCAGCUGUCAAAUAGUGGCCGUGAGGCGCGAAAUCGUGCAGAGAAGAACCGGCGAGAUAAGCUAAAUGGAUCCAUCCAGGAACUAUCCACAAUGGUGCCCCAUGUGGCGGAGUCGCCACGUCGAGUGGACAAAACAGCCGUGUUGCGCUUCGCCGCUCAUGCAUUGCGAUUAAAACACGCCUUUGGCAACAGUCUGAUGCAGCAGCGACCGCAGAUGACGGACACCCUAAUGGAUAUGCUGGACAGCUUUUUCCUCACACUCACCUGCCACGGUCACAUACUGCUGAUCUCGGCCAGCAUUGAACAGCAUCUGGGCCACUGUCAGUCGGAUCUAUAUGGUCAGAGCAUUAUGCAGAUUACCCAUCCGGAUGAUCAGCCUAUGCUUAAAGAGAAACUGAUCCCCACCAACUUGGAGAACCUAUUCGAUGCCCAUGGUGAUUCGGAUGCAGAGGGUGAGCCCCGGCAAAGGAGUAAAUCCGAGGAGGACUACAUCGAUCGCAAGCUGCGCGAGGAUAGACGCAGCUUUCGAGUGAGAUUGGCUCGUGCUGGUCCCAGAUCGGAACCCACUGUCUACGAAGUGGUCAUGAUCGAUGGCUGUUUUCGACGCAGUGACGAAGCUCCGCGGGGCGUGCGAUCCAAUAAUUUUAGCUCCAAUCUGCAGUUGAUCCGAAGGACUCGCGGCCGUGAUGAUGUCAUUCCCCUGCACACCAUAAGCGGCAACGAUAUCAUUCUGACAGGCUGCGCCCGGAUCAUCCGUGCGCCGAAGAUCGCCAAUCGCCUGAUCGAUGCCAAUACGCUGGAGUACCGCACCCGCCACCUAAUUGACGGCAGAAUCAUUGACUGCGACCAGAGGAUUGGAUUAGUGGCCGGAUAUAUGACCGAUGAGGUGCGCAAUCUCAGUCCGUUCACUUUCAUGCACAACGAUGAUGUGCGCUGGGUGAUUGUGGCCCUGCGGCAAAUGUACGACUGCAAUAGUUCUUAUGGCGAAUCCACUUACCGACUGUUCACCCGAAAUGGCAACAUUAUCUACCUGCAAUCUAAGGGCUAUCUGGAGAUCGAUAAGGAGACAAACAAGGUGCACUCCUUUGUCUGUGUGAAUACGCUUCUGGGCGAGGAGGAGGGCAAACGUCGGGUGCAGGAGAUGAAGAAGAAGUUCUCGGUGAUCAUUAACACUCAGAUACCUCAGUCAACUAUCGAUAUACCGGCCUCAGAACAUCCAGCUUUGCUGGAAAAGGCUGUCCUACGGCUCAUCCAGAAUUUGCAAAAGACCGAUGAAGAUGGCGGCCAUGAUGAGGGCGAAGAAGAAGAGGAAGCGGAGGAUGAUGACGAUGAGGAGGAAGAUGAGGAUCAGGAUGAUGGGGUGCGCAGUAUGUCCGAAUACGGCGAUCACUAUGGCAGUCACGGUCAUGGCCGUUCGCAUCAUAGUUCCUCGACAAUAUCGUCCCAUGGGCAGGGUAGCUCCAAGACCCCGCCCUUGGCACUGGUGCCACCCGAAACAUCCUCUGUUAAGUCCUCAAUUUCGAAGAGUAUCAGUGUUGUUAAUGUGACAGCGGCAAAACAUCUACGUAGUGUCCACGGAUCGGCGGUCAAAUCGCCCAGCUCUUUGGCCACUUGCACCUGCAGCGAAUCCCACUCACCCUGCGACUUCUGUCAAGGUCCAUCCACGCCCGAUACCCAAACCGUUGGAUCAGCUAUAAAGAGAAGUAGUACUGCUCUGACGGAAACGGAGGAGAAGCUUCCCAAGCGACGUUUUAUUCCCAAUACUGAGAUCGAGCACGUCCUGAACACAUCUCUGGACCAAAUUGGCCGAAAUCUGACCCAACAACUCAACGUGGCCAGAAAUUUGCAGGAACAGAGCCAGCUCUACGAGUUGCCCGAUGGCAAUCAGCGAUUUAAUGAGAUCAUGCAAGAGCACCAGAAACAAAGUGAACUGUAUGUGAACAUCAAGAGCGAGUACGAGGUGCAGUUGCAGAAUAAGGGCAGCAACCGGAAGUCAUCCGAGACGGAUCGAAGUCAAGAGCAGCAGCAGAUACAGGAUGAGGACCAGGGCUAGACGGAACGAAAGUGAGAGAGAACGAUAUUGGUUCUCGACUGAAGGGUUUCAUCGAUGUGAUAACUACUGUCCUGGCAGUCAGCUCAAGUCCCAACCAAAAGUGGAGUGUCCUAAAAAGAAAACACUGAAAAAAAAAACAAAGAAAAUUAUAGAAAAGCAAAAUUGGAUAACUGAUGGAUAACUGCUGCAGAACAGAUUUAGAUACGGAUAGAUAACCUCUAACCCCAACCUAUGAGUGAGCCUGAGACAAACAUACUUUAGAUGCCCCGCCCACAAAACACACACGCACACACCCAAACACACACACGCUGUUUAUUCAGUUUGUUGUUUUUAACUUCAUGUACCAAGUAGAAAGGACUUUUACAUGCAUGUAGAACUAGUUACCAGUGUAAAGUGGAGAGCUGUUUCCGUUUCCGUUUUCUUCUAGAAUGUUUAAAAAGUACGACGUUCUUUAAAUUUAUAAAAUUUAUAACAACAAUAUUUUAGUUUUGCUGUCCAAAAUGUAGAACAAAUACAUAUAUAGAAAUUUAUAAUGUCAAUUUCUAACGAAAACGGAAACGGAAAUGGAAGCAAACACCUACAAAGGAUAACGAUUAGCAUAAAUGGGAGGAUUUAAACAAUUAUUAGGCUAAAUCGUAAUAUAUAUACAUUAAAUAUACUAUAUAUAAAUAUAUACCUAUGUACCAUACGUUGUGCGUAAUGCGCAUAGCCCAAACUAAACGUGAUAAAAGACUGUUACCAACUACAUACACACAUACUACACACACACAUGGAAACACCCGUAAAUCUAUAACUAAAACGUAAACUUAAUUCGGAAUAGUUUCGUAAAACAAAUUAUUCACACGCCCACACACACAUGAGGCCGUGGCAUAGUUAAAUUAAAUUUACUAUACGAACACUUUUUAUAGAUGUUUAAUGUUGUUAUGCUAUAAGAUAAUAAAUCCAUAUAAAUUUAUGGAUUUUGGCCAAGCACGGUGCACUAACAAUUUGCAAGUGAGCCAAGUACAAUUUACACAAAUAUAUACAUAAUUAGAUGCAUAUAUGGUUCGAUGUAAACUAAUAAUUCGAUGUGAAUGAAUGAAAAUUAAAGGAAAAACAACAACAACCACACACACACACACACACAAACCAGAAAAUGCUUAGGCAAAAAAAUAUGAGAACUCUGUUAAAUGUUUGUUAUGCAUUUGUUUUUUUUUUAUCUAAAUUAAUAUUAAACUAAUGUAUUAGUGAAUAAACUUGUGUACCUACAUACAAAACAAUGAUAAAGAA